GUGGGCGGCUUCGCGCGCCACCAUCACCACUCGGCGGCGGCGGCGGCGGCGGCGGCGGCCGAGAUGCAGGACCGCGAGCUGAGCCUGGCGGCGGCGCAGAACGGCUUCGUGGACUCGGCCGCCGCGCACAUGGGCGCCUUCAAGCUCAACGCGGGCGCGCACGAGCUGUCCCCCGGCCAGACGUCGGCCUUCACGUCGCAGGGCCCGGCCGCCUACCCGGGCUCGGCCGCCGCGGCCGCCGCCGCCGCCGCGCUGGGGCCCCACGCCGCGCACGUGGGCUCCUACUCGGGGCCGCCGUUCAACUCCACGCGGGACUUCCUGUUCCGCAGCCGCGGCUUCGGCGACGCGGCGGCCGGCGGCGGCCAGCACGGCCUGUUCGCGCCCGGCGCCGGCGGCCUGCACCACGCGCACUCGGACGCCCAGGGCCACCUCCUGUUCCCCGGGCUGCCGGAGCAGCACGGGCCGCACGGCUCGCAGAACGUGCUCAACGGCCAGAUGCGCCUGGGCCUGCCGGGCGAGGUGUUCGGGCGCUCGGAGCAGUACCGCCAGGUGGCCAGCCCGCGGACCGACCCCUACUCGGCGGCGCAGCUCCACAACCAGUACGGGCCCAUGAAUAUGAACAUGGGCAUGAACAUGGCCGCGGCCGCCGCGCACCACCACCACCACCACCACCACCCGGGGGCCUUUUUCCGCUACAUGCGGCAGCAGUGCAUCAAGCAGGAGCUGAUCUGCAAGUGGGUCGACCCGGAGCAGCUGGCCAGUCCCAAGAAGAGCUGCAACAAAACUUUCAGCACCAUGCACGAGCUGGUGACCCACGUCUCGGUGGAGCACGUCGGCGGCCCGGAGCAGAGCAACCACGUCUGCUUCUGGGAGGAGUGUCCGCGCGAGGGCAAGCCCUUCAAGGCCAAGUACAAACUGGUCAACCACAUCCGCGUGCACACGGGCGAGAAGCCCUUCCCUUGCCCGUUCCCGGGCUGCGGCAAGGUGUUCGCGCGCUCCGAGAACCUCAAGAUCCACAAAAGGACCCACACAGGGGAGAAGCCCUUCCAGUGUGAGUUCGAGGGCUGUGACCGGCGCUUCGCCAACAGCAGCGACAGGAAGAAACACAUGCACGUCCACACCUCCGACAAGCCCUAUCUCUGCAAGAUGUGCGACAAGUCCUACACGCACCCCAGCUCGCUGCGGAAGCACAUGAAGGUCCAUGAGUCCUCCCCUCAGGGCUCCGAGUCCUCCCCAGCUGCCAGCUCCGGCUACGAGUCGUCCACUCCCCCCGGGCUGGUGUCCCCCAGCGCGGAGCCGCAGAGCAGCUCCAACCUGUCCCCGGCGGCGGCGGCGGCGGCCGCGGUGUCC